UAGUAUAAAUACUGUGAUAUAUCAAUAAAAAAAUAUGAGUCUUAAGAAGUUGUCCAAAGUAUCGGCCAAAAGUUCUACGAAACAUUCAUAAUGAAAUUCUUUGCUUUCUUCGCUGUAGCCAUCUUGGCUUUGAGUGUUUCGGCUAAUAGCCUAGAAUUGCGCGAGGAACACAACAAAAUCUAUUUGGAACAUAACAUCAAGGAAUACAUCAAUGAUUUCGCCGUCUUCUUUGAACGUUUCUACGAAUAUGUUAACGAGUUCUUCUUGCAAUUCUUUAAAGGAUUCUUCGAAACUUUUAGUCAAGUUUUCCCCACCGAAUUAAGUGAAGCUUUCAUGGAAAUUUUUAGAAAGUGGCCCGCUUUCGACAAGGUGUUCACUAAGGAAUUCUUUCAUGCUAUCGGGGAAUUUUUCCAUACUGUCUUCACCUACUUUAUGCCUCAUCAAUUCUUCACCGUCAUUGAGAACACUCUCAAGUCUUUACCUACGUUUACUGAAUUCUUCCCAAAGGAAUUCUUCCCUACUAUUGGUAAUUUCUUGGAACAUGUGCCAUACUGCAGAGAAUUCUUGCAACAAUGGUACAUGAUUAUGCAACAAUUGACUGCUCAUGGACGCCAAUUGUAAAUUGUGUUGAAUGUGAUCACAUGAUAAAAUGUUUUGCUUAAAUCAAAUUGUUAAUUAAUUUAUAAUAAAAUAUUUUUUUAGAAAAAAUUUCAAAAUUU